UCUUCUUAUAUAUAUACAUCAUCAUUUCAUUAUUUGUCAACUGAUCAAACAAACUUGCAUAGUACAUUCUAAUGGAUACUCGAGCUGAAAAUCCCGACGCCAUUCGAAAUAUAGAUGAAAAGCAGAAGGCUAUUGAUGAUUGGCUUCCUAUAACAUCUUCAAGAAAUGCAAAAUGGUGGUAUGCAGCUUUCCACAAUGUUACUGCCAUGGUCGGAGCCGGUGUUCUAAGCCUUCCGUAUGCUAUGUCCAAUCUUGGAUGGGGUCCCGGUGCAGUAAUUCUGAUCCUGUCAUGGAUCAUAACAUUGUACACUCUGUGGCAAAUGGUUGAGAUGCAUGAAAUGGUUCCUGGCAAACGUUUCGAUCGAUAUCAUGAGCUUGGACAGCAUGCAUUUGGUGAAAAACUCGGUCUGUACAUAGUAGUUCCUCAACAGCUUAUUGUUGAAAUAGGACUGGACAUAGUGUAUAUGGUUACCGGAGGAAAAUCGCUGCAGAAAAUCCAUGAUUUACUCUGCAGAAACUGCAAACAUAUUAAAACAACUUACUUUAUCAUGAUUUUCGCCUCGGUUCAUUUUGUUCUUGCUCAUCUCCCAAAUUUCAAUUCCGUUUCCGGAGUAUCUCUGGUAGCAGCAGUCAUGUCUUUAAGUUACUCAACAAUUGCUUGGGGAGCUUCGGUGGAUAAGGGUCGUCAGCCGGAUAUAGAUUACAGCUACAGAGCUUCCACGAGCACCGGAACAGUUAUGGAUUUCUUCACUGCCUUAGGUGAUGUAGCUUUUGCUUAUGCUGGCCACAAUGUUGUAUUGGAAAUUCAAGCGACUAUACCUUCUACACCAGACAAACCAUCCAAAGUUGCUAUGUGGAGAGGAGUUAUGGUGGCAUACAUAGUCGUGGCCCUGUGCUACUUUCCAAUAGCUUUCCUCGGAUACUACAUAUUCGGCGACAAGGUUGAGGAUAAUAUUCUCAUUUCAUUGGAGAAACCAGUGUGGCUUAUUGUCAUGGCGAAUGCCUUCGUAGUUAUACAUGUUAUCGGAAGCUAUCAGUUGUAUGCAAUGCCUGUUUUCGAUAUGCUAGAAACUAUUUUAGUGAAGAGAUUGAACUUCAAGCCUAGUGCCACUCUCCGAUUUGUGACACGGAAUUCUUAUGUUGCAUUCACAAUGUUCAUCGCCAUAUGUUUUCCUUUCUUCGGAGCCCUUCUUGGGUUCUUCGGAGGUUUGGCUUUCGCCCCGACAACCUACUUUCUCCCUUGCAUCAUGUGGCUUGCAAUCUAUAAACCAAAGAGGUUCAGCUUGUCAUGGAUAACCAACUGGAUGUGCAUUAUAGCGGGGCUUCUGUUAAUGAUAUUAUCACCUAUUGGAGGGCUGAGGAACAUCAUACUCAAAGCAAAGGACUAUCAGUUCUUUUCUUGAUCAGCAUUCGGUUGUCCCACAAGAACGACGAGUUCCUAUGAUAUUAAACAGAUGGGAUUGGGACAUACAUGAAAGAUCAAAGAGUAGAAUUUAUGCAGAAAUGAAGAUUGAUAAUACUAGUAGGCAGUAGCUAGGUUUGUGUGGUUUUCUUGUGUCCAAAUAUUCAGUGAUAUGUAAUAGCAACACAGAUGCACUACAGCUUUAUUAAGAUUAGCCCAUUUGGCUGCCUAGCUUGUUUUGAUGCGAUCCUAAACUCGAAAUAUAAUAUGCAUACCAAUGACAGAUCCACUACUCGUAUCAAA